UGCAGAGCGGGCCCCUGGCUUCAUGGCCCCCCUGGGGGCCAGCAGCACCCAGAUGGUUCUCAGAGGACAGGAGCUGGAGCUGGAGUGCAUCCCAGAGGGACUGCCCACGCCGGAGAUCUCGUGGCGCAAGGAGGGCGGCGAGUUGCCUAGCAACAGGAUGUCCAUCGUGGGCUACCAGCGGACCCUGAGGAUCUCGAGCGUGGUGGAGUCGGACGCGGGCGACUACCGCUGCACCGCCAAGAACAAGCUGGCAGCCGAGCACAGCAUCAAGGUCACCGUCAAAGCCUCUCCGUUCUGGAUCAGCGCCCGGAACCUCAUCCUGGCCCCCAACGAGACGGGAAUCCAUUGUCGAGUCAGCGGAGACCCCAAGCCCAAGAUCACCUGGUCCAUCAACGGCAUGCCCGUCGACAACGCCCCGCUGGACCCCAGCAGGAAGGUGGAGGAGGACACAGUGAUCCUGAACCACGUCCAGUCGGGCUCCAGCGCCGUCUACCAGUGCAACGCAUCCAACGAGUUCGGAUACCUGCUGGCCAACGCCUUCGUCAGUGUCCUCGCGGAGCCGCCUCGCGUCCUGACUCCGCCCAACAACGUGUACCAGGUCAUCACCAACAACAUGGCACUGUUGGACUGCGCCUCUUUCGGAUCCCCCAUGCCCACCAUCACAUGGUUCAAGGGCAGCACCACGGCCAUCCAGAACGUGGACCCCUACGUGAUCCACGAGAACGGCACCCUGGAGAUCCACACGGCCCAGCCCGUCAACAGCGGCCGCUACACCUGCAUCGCCACCAACGCCCUGGGCAUCAAGGAGAACCACGUCAAGCUGGAGGUCAAAGAGCCGACCCGUAUCCUGAGGCUGCCCGAGUACAAGGUGGUGGAGAGGAACAUGGACGCCGUGUUCGAGUGCCGCGUCAAACACGACCCGUCGCUGGUGCCCACCGUGACCUGGCUGAAGGACAACAAGGCCCUGCCCCUGGGAGACAACCGGUUUGUGGUGGAAAAGGACAGCCUGACCAUCAGAGAUGUGUCAGAGGAAGACAAGGGCACCUACACCUGCAUCAUGAACACCAGCCUGGACCAGGACUCCGCCAGCGCGAUGCUCACCGUCGUGGAGCAACCGGACCCCCCCCUCGACCUUGAGCUGACGGACCAGAUGGACCGGAGCGUCCAGCUCACCUGGAUCCCCGGGGACGAACACAACAGCCCCACCCAGAAGUUCGUGAUCCAGUACGAGGACCUGCUCCACCAGCCCGAUGUGUGGGUGAACCUGACGGAGGCGGCAGGCUCAGGCACCACGGCGCGCCUGCAGCUCUCCCCCUACGUGUACUACUCCUUCAGGAUCCUGGCCCAGAACCACGUGGGCUUCAGCCAGCCCAGCCGCCCCUCGCGCCAGUACCGCACCAACCCCGCCGCGCCCGAUGUUAAUCCGUCAGAUGUACAGGCAUCCGGGACGGACCAUAAUAACCUGGUCAUUUCUUGGAAGCCGCUCACCGGCCUCCAGGCCAAUGGCCCCGCGCUGCGCUACAAGAUCCUGUGGCGGCAGAAGGACGCGGACCAGGAGUGGGUGGAGGAGACGGUGGCCAACGCGUCGCGGCACGUGGUGAUGGACACCCCCACCUACGCGCCCUACGAGGUCAAGGUGCAGGCCGUGAACGACUACGGCAGCGGGCCGGAGCCCCAGCUGGUGCUGGGCUACUCUGGGGAGGACUUACCCUCGUCCGCUCCUGAGGGGGUGCAGGUCAUGGUUCAUAACAGCACCCUGGCGGAGGUGCACUGGGAGCCCAUCCCCUCUUCCACGGUGCGGGGAAAGCUGCAGGGAUACAAGGUGUACUACAAGCGUGAGCGGGGCGUGCACGAGACGGAGGCGGAGGCCCCGGAGGGCGCGGCCCCCCAGACGGUGACGUUCGGCGGGGACCUCAGCGACGGCCGUCUGCCCGGGCUCCGGCCCUACAGCGUCUACGACCUCCACGUCAGCGUGCUCAACGGCAAGGGCGAGGGGCCCCCCAGCCCCAGCAAGAGCUUCAGCACCCCCGAAGGAGUGCCAGAGCAGCCUGGCUUCCUCGAGAUCUCCAACCCCAACGUGGACUCACUCACCUUGGAGUGGGGCCCGCCACUCAACCACAACGGCCGUCUGACCGGCUACACCCUCAAGUACCAACCCGUCAACAGCACCAGCGAGCUUGGCCCAGCGAAGCUCAUGACCAUCGCGGCAAACCAGACCUCCGUCACCCUGGUCAACCUCAAGUCCAGCACGCUCUACAAGUUCUACUUCUACGCCACGACAAUCAAGGGCUCUGGCCCCAGCAUCACGAAAGAGGCCUUCACCGUCAUGGACACGGCUCCCUUGCUGCCCACUGUUGAACCGGGCCAAGGCCCCACCGAGCCCCCACUGCCGACCCCCUCCCCCUUCACCCCGACAACACGCCCCCCCGUCCUCAAGGCGCGUCCACCGGGGCCUGUGUUCGGCCCGCUCAACGCCACGGCGUCCGAGGACGGUGCCGUGCUCAGUUGGGAGUACUUUGGACAACCUAGGAAUAUAUUUGUGGAGUACACUGUGGAACACAGUAAAGAGGAGUGGAAAAGGGAGGCGGUCAAUAGCUCCGCCCAUUCGUUCACGAUAAAGGGCUUGAAGCCGGGGGCGUCCUAUAAGGUGCGUGUGGUAGCUAGGGACCCGGUGACGGACUCCAUGGUCCACAGCACGGAGGAGGAGCUAGUCUCGGUACCAGCUGUGGCCAACCGGCAGGUGGACAUUGCCACGCAGGGCUGGUUCAUCGGGCUGAUGUGCGCCAUCGCCCUGCUCAUCCUCGUCCUCCUCAUCGUCUGCUUCAUCAAGAGGAACAAGGGAGGGAAAUACCCAGUGAAAGAGAAAGAGGAGGCUCACCAAGACCCCGAGAUCCAGCCCAUGAAGGAGGACGAUGGCACGUUUGGAGAGUACAGCGACACGGAGGACAACAAGCCGCUGAAGGGCAGCCGCACGGCGUCCAACGGGACGGUGCGGCGCGACGAGAGCGACGACAGCCUGGUGGACUACGGCGAGGGCGGCGACGGGCAGUUCAACGAGGACGGCUCCUUCAUCGGCCAGUACAGCGGCAAGAAGGAGAAGGACACGCACGAGGGCAACGAGAGCUCAGAGGCGCCUUCGCCCGUCAACGCCAUGAACUCCUUCAUCUAGCCCGGGAGGGAAAAAAGGCGGGAAAACGUGAGGGGGGAGGGUGGGGGAGGGGGGGGGGCUGUGGGAAGGAGGGGGUGCUGGCUAGCAAAGGGGGGGGGGUGGGGGGGUUGCUGGAGCUUCGCCAUCGGAUGGUUGACUUUCUCUGCCGUCGGCCCGCGAUUUGUUUGCGGCGAAAAUGGUUUGCGUCGCCAUCGUCGUCGAAACCGGGCGGGUUCUUUAGUUUCCUUUUCGUGUGAUGACCAGUUUCAGCUCGUGGCAGUCGCUGUGGUGUGAACUCACCCCCCGCUCAAGUCCUCCCCCCGUGCACCUCCACCUCCACCCACACCACCCCCACCACCUCCCCCACCCCCGGGCUCCAACCCCGCCCGCCGUUUUCGCUCCCCUACGCCGGUUGCUUCCAGGAGGCGGCGAGGAGCUACCGCAACCGAUUUGCGACCGUGGACUCGGCUACCCGUCGCUAUGCUAUUCAAUCCACCCUACCCCCCCCCCCACCCCCCGCUCUCUUGCUCUUCCCAUCACCCCUGGCAACCCCCCCCCCCCCCCCCCCCCCCCCACACCCCUCCUCCACGUUGCGUGACUCAAACCCCCCACCCCUUCACAUGAGCAGUCAAAGUAGAGAUGGAGAGGAGUGGCUGUUUGGUACAAACUCUUGCCUCGCAAUGACCGAGCCUCAGAGGACCGAGAGAUGAAAAAGGCGGAAAGCAAUAUGGGAAAAAAGAAGCAGUUGGAAUGUAGCAGAGGGCGUCCCCAACGAUCGACCAAUCAGACAAGCCGAGCACGAGUAGUCGGAAUUACGUUAAUGUAUUGCUGUGUGGGUGUCUGUGCAGUUUGACUGCAUUUGGAAAAAAUCAUGAAUAUAUAUAUCUAUAUAUGAAACAUGAUGUAUCUCAAUAUCCCAGAAUUAAGUGAAUUAUGUGACCCUCCAGCCAGUUGAAUUAUAGUCCACCACCCACUCAUGGCCCACUGCAUGGACUUUGUCAUCGUCACCUUUGUACUACGCAUUUGUUCGCAAAGAGAAAAAACUGAAACUUGUGUCAAUUGUUGAGAGAUUUUAUGGCAUCCUAAGACUGUACGACUAAGUGCACGUCUACCAGCAACUCUUUAUUGCCUUUCUCGUAGUUAUUUUCUUUCUUUGAAUGGUCAAAAGUAUUAUACAAGGUACUGUAAAGGCAAAGAAUUGGCAGUAGCAUCUUUGUAAACAUUUCUCAAAAAGGUAACUCAAAAGAGGAAUUAGCAUCGCACGUCUUUCAACGUUGAGAAGUUUUUUUGUACACACAUUUCUUUAAAUGUAGUAGAAGAGGUGUGUAUAUGGACUAAUGGAGAUCAGGAAUAUGCAUUUUAACACAACUUCACCCCUGGGUGUAACAGUUUAACCCCCAACCCUGUUCUCUGUUGUCACUCGAAGCAGCCAAACGACACAAGUUUUAAGCUAGGCUUCGUCAAACAUAUCCUUUUUUUGGAUCCCACCUUUUUCUCGCAAUGUCUUUCUUUCAACCAGAUAUCUACUUCUCGUCGCUUUCUGUUUGGCUAGCCUACAUCUAGAGCCCGAAUCAUUGCCAAUUUGCGAUUCUUUCUCUUUUAAAUAAUUGUGUGAAUAGCAGCAAACAUUUUAACGGCUAACAAAUGGCCGCCGGUUGUUAGCUAACACACAGUUGGCUAACAAAUGGUCGCCAACUGUGUGUUCUGUGUGUGACGCCGGAUGGAAACUAAAGGGCGACGUUAGUCGACGACACUCAAAAACAGAUUGGGUUCACGGCGUGAGCCAGAAGCAGCAAACAGGGUACGCGUCAGGUGCAUACAGUAUAGCUUCCUGAAAUUCAGGCAGGUCUGUUCUACAGAACCUCUAGGCAAGGUUUUCUAGUGCCUUCGUAAAUAGAGAACAUCGAGAUCAAUCCAUUGAGCGUUGAACUCCUCAUACACAAGGCAAACCUGGACAUCAUCAUCACAGUUACAUAUCACAGAGCCACGCAUCCAAACAAUAUCGGCCUCAUCUGCUGUAAAGUAAACCAGAAAGGCUAUAUCAAUUGUUCGUAAACCCUUUGUUGAUCCCUUGCAGGAUUUCAGGGAGAGCUCAGAACGAAUUUACAGAACAUAUGAGCUAAUGCUUAUUCAAAUGAACUUCAUGGACAUUAAUGGACGUCUUUAAAUGAUGUAUGAGGGACACCACAUACAUCACCACAUUUUCCGUUUUUAAAUUACAGCGUUCUUACUAAUGUCAAUAAGUAGGAGAUUAUGAUUAUGUCAAAGCUUUGCAAUGGUGGUGGUUGCAUAAAUUAAGACCCAUUACUGAGUAGUUACCCAAUAAUAAUAUUCUCAAAGCAACGCCACUCUAGGUACACAUCAUGUUGGAAGAGCAACCAAAACUGUACACCUACAUUAACGGAAACAUCUCUGAUUGUGAUUAAAAGAAAAGAAAGCGUGUUGGUGAAACAUGAUUUAUAAAAAAAAAACAUUAACUUGGGGUUAAGGUUUGUGUCGUCAAAGUCUAUCCCAUACUCCUUCUCCAUCUGGACUGAAAUACUGCCACCCUCUCUUCACCAGGUAACUGCCAAACGGAACAGGAACUCAAACAGACAGACUGGUACAGCAGCCAAUCAGAUUGGAGCUUUAGUGGGAAGCACUUAAGAGCUGAAGAGAGCAGGGGGCUUGUGUAUUAACGAUGGAAUGCUAACUGAAUGUGGAAACAAAGUUGUUUUUAAUCUAUUUAUACAAAUGAGAAUGUGGCUUGGUGAUGUGCCCCGGUGACUAUAGGUUCAUGCAUUUAACCCUGUAUAUCUGUGUGUGUUGUCACUUGUUUUGCUGUCGUCGACUCAAAGCAUAACUGAAACUGUACACACUAAGCACUCAGUGAGUUUUAUAUAUAAAUGAAUAAAAAGUGUGAGAGCGAGGGACUGACUGAACGUGUGCAUGGUUGAGUGUAUACGUGUGUAUGUGUGUGUGUGUGUGUGUGUAAUUGUAGCACAUGCAUGCUAAAGGUGUCAAAGCGUGCGUUAAGUAUUUUUUUUUUGUAUUUUGUUUUGCUCUAUUUCCAAUGGAUAAAACCACGUCUAAUACAGCGGGGAUGUCAAGCAGUCAGGCCAAAAAACUCAGAUAUUCCGCCAUCUUAUCUGUCACAAAACGACAAUUGAUUUAGAGAGGAGUUUCACAUUUUCCAUGAUUUUUUCGGUUUUCAUAACUUGCAUCAAGUUUUUAAAUUGCAGCGUGUCAGCUUUGUAUGUGUGUGUGUGUGUGUGUGUGUGUGUGUGUGUGUCUGUGUGUGUGUGUGCGUCUGUCUGAGUGUGUGCGUAGAUAAUUGGUUGUAAAUAAUGGCUUGAAUUGAGGGUAGAUAAGUUUGACCUAAGAGUCACUGAGAGUGGAGAGGUCAGAGGUGAGAAUGUACGGCUUUGACUUCGAAAAAAGAUAUGCAGAUAAUUUUUCUUUCGAGAGGAAGGAAAAAGGAAGUGAUGACAUUUGCGUGACAUGACACAGAUUGUUUUCAACAUUUGAUUUGCUGUGAUUUCUCUGAACUUUAUUUUCAUUUAGUUUCUCUGUUUUUCGAUGAACCUGUCAGGAAUCUUUGCUAGCUCAGAUUUGUUUUGGUUUUUUGGGUUAACAAAAUGUAGACUUGAGAUUUUACUUGAGAAUGUGACACUUGUGUUGUGCCAUUUCUCUCUGACAGUUCAUGCACCCUUUCUGUAUGGGCAUUCUUAAAUAUGAUGUAUCUUUUUGAAACACGUUCAACCAUCAAUACUAUAGCUCAAUGAGAGUAUUCACUGUUCCAAUUUAAAGGCUGAAUAAAUGAAUAACCAACAACAAGUGCAAAUUGUCAUUUAGACUUCUAGAUACAUAUAUGUUGGGCACAAUUCAUUUCUUUAAGAGUGAGACUUCAAUUAAAUGAAAUUAAAUAUAAAAACGAAUCAAUACAAAAACGGUCAAAUACAUAGGUAGUUCAAUAUAGAUUGUAUAGAUGGUUGGGAUUUGACAUCACAUGCACGGAAAUAUGAACAGACAUACUUGAGGGUGGAUUAGCCCCAGAACCUGAAAUAUUUUAGUCACCGGUGAAGAUUAAUAAUAUAUGAUAUAGUAUAACAUUCUGGUCAAUGUUGAAGUUACAUGAGGCAUGAAAGGCUGUCCAAAAUGGUUUACUGAACUAUAUAUUGCAAUUAUUUUGUAUUAUAAAUUAAGUUAAAAAUAAAGGAAUAAAUGUUGGUUUCACGA